AGAGAGGGGAGCAGAGGUGGGCAGGGGCCCGGCUCCGGAAACAGCUCAUGCACCUGUCCCCGCACCCAAGCCACACAGCUUUUAAUUGGCCUGGGCCACUCUCCUGGCUGGAUAUCACCCUGGGCAGAACCUUGAGAACUGAAGUUGAGGGGUGGGCAGCACUCACCUAGGGGGUCACUGAGGACUUUGUUCAAGUCCAUAGUGCCUUUUCUCGUCAUGUGUCUUCACUUGCCCUUUAUCUUAGCAUCUGAGAAGCAGGAGCAAGGAACUCAGGGAGAGAUCCAGGAAGACAUCCAACUGUUUUAAGAGAGGACAGACACAGUGACACGGGGAACAAGGACUAUCGCAGCAAAGUAAAAUGACUUCACAACUAUUGCAUCAGAGCUGCAGGUGUGAGAGAGCCUAAGUCUGUCUCAGAGUGCAGAGGACAAGCAGAAAGGAAUGUGUAAGAAUGCCGGUGACUCAGUUAGAAGCUUGCAUCCAAGCCGUCCUUCCAUGUCCUCACCAUCUAGAAGCGGAGCCUGAAUCUUCUGAAUUUCUCCAGAAUGUGGUUUACAAUCACCUUCGAAAACGUUCCGAGGAGAGAAUCCAGCAGUGCAGCAUCCUCUCCGAGCUCAAGGAGUUGAUCAGCUUCCACUGCAAGUCCGCCUUCUUCAAGCGGGUGGCCCCCGUGCAGUGCGCGGCCCCCGGCAUCCUGGAGCCUGGCGGGAAGAUCUGCUACCGACUCCUUCUGCAGACGCUUCCUGGCUACAGUCUGUCGCUGGAUCUGCAGGACUUCAGCAAAGGUGUUGGAACUAAAAUAUUGCUUCAGUCCCAUUAAUCAUGCCUGGUUUGGGCCCUGAUCUCCUGUCUCAUCAGGGUGAAUUCUGAUUUGUGUAGAACAGGGCUCAGCAGACUUUUUUCUGUCAAGGGCUUGGGAGUAAAUAUUUCAGGGCCUGCAAACCUCCUGAUCUCUGGUGCAGCUGCUCAGCUCUGCUGUUCAGGUGCCAGAGCAGCCGGACAGUCCACACACCCACAGAGCUUUAUUCUCAGCGGUGG